UAAUUCCGAGAAAAGGGAUUGUGCAACGAAGAUGUCACAUGAGUUGUAGCGUUACACGAGCCAACCACGAGCCCAAGUCAUCCUCGAGUCACGAGUCAACCACGAGUCAAACCAAAUUUUUUCUAUUUUUUUAAUUUUUUUAUUUCGCCCCGAAAAAAGAAAUAGAUUGUAGGAAAUAAAAUAUAUGAAUAUAGAUUGUCUUAGCAGUUAUCAACAGGACAUUUUAAUAACGGGCUCACCUCGAUCGCGCCGCGCGCCUCAGUAGGUGGCAAGUCACGUCAUUCACAGCGUCUGUCCAUUGCAGAUUAUCAAGUUUCCAUAUUUCACCUGAACGUAGCAGAUUGCAGACAUGGCAUUGAGCAAGACGAAUAUUGCAGUGGUUCUCCUGGUCGGCUUUGUCAAUUAUUUGGAAUGGGCUGUAGUUAUGACUUCAAUAUACCCAUAUAUCCUGUCUCUAUCUAAGAAUAGAUCUUCUGCCGCUGUAUACCUCUCCUUGGCCCAGAGCUUAUUUCCCUUGGGACAAGGAAUCUCUCAGCCACUAGCCAGCCUACUUGUCAAGAAACUCCGUCAAAUCAAGAUUGUUCUCGUAGCUUCUCUGAUAAUCGCCAUUGGUGGAAAUGUGAUGUACAUUGCUGCGCAGAAAGCCAACUCUGUUUUGCUUAUCAUUCUGGGAAGAGCGUUGGCUGGUUUCGGUGCAGGUAGUGGAGGAGUUGCUUAUGGCUUCAUUGGCGCCAACACCAGUCGAGAAUCCCGCACAAAGUUCAUGUCGUACUACAGAGUUACAUGCAUGGUUGGAGUGAUGUCAUCCACGAUCGCAUCAGCAACUUUUUUACCCAACUUUAGCAAGAAUGCUCUCGGUAAAGCAACCGGACUCGAUGAGUUCUCUGCUCCAGCAGCUCUCACCAUCCUCUCCUUUUGUGUCUCGUUAAUCCUGGUCACAUUUGCUCUGGACGAAACGAACUGCUCUCCAAUCGGGGGCUCCAACGAUGAUAUGUCAGUGGUACGUUCACUCAAGUCACGUGGUGUACUUCUUGGCUUGAUGCUGUAUCUAUUGAAUGGCUAUAUAACCACGUGGGUUGGCUUUGUGUUACCACUAGUCGCUUACAAUCAUUUCCAGCUUGAGGUCAUGCAGUAUGGUUGGUUGAUGGUUGGUGUUUCAGGCACAGCCACUGUCGCCUCACUCUCCAUGGCGUUGCUCUCUAAAGCCCCGUGUAUGGCUAACAAUAAAAACGGCGAAAGACUGGUCCUUAUAGCCUGUUAUAUGCUCAUGAUCACUGCGAUAGUUGUCUCCUAUCUCGGCGGGCCUUCGAUUCUAAACACUUUGCGAGUUACGGUCAAAGAAGCUCUUUUCAUUGGUGGAGUAAUCAUGGUGUUUUUAACGUAUUCUGUGGCUGGAGUAAUAUUACCUUCACUGACGACCAAAUAUGUGGCCAAGUCCAUGAUGCCAGUCAUAAUGCCUUACUGUAUCACUGCGAUGUCGAUCGGAAAAGUGAUCGCUCCACUCCUCAGCAAAGCGGAGUUAACAAUCCAAGGGUGGGAGCUUCUCUUCAUGGGCUCAGCUGGACUAACAUUCCUAGGUGUCGCCCUGUUUUUGUUCCUUUACCGUCCACCUGAGCCAGAAGAAACCCAACUCCUUCCAGAAAAUAGACGCAUAUCCUCGCUGGAAGUGACAUUAAUUGAUUCAGUGGAACAAGGGCUCAUGAAUCCUCAAGAUUAAAGACUAAAAAACGUGUCCAGAUGUCAACAGAUAAGUUAGGAUCAUCAUUAUGCGCAUAGAAAAAGACUGUCAAGUACCAAGUACAUAAAUGCUUCCGUUGUAUUCUACUGUACGGGAACUGUCCCGUCCCGUCCCUAGAACACGUUUCCUUUCCUGAGCACUAUUUAAAAUAAAGAUGUAAAGACUCUUUUAACGAGGUUCAUUCUGCUAGCUAUUUAAUGAAAGAAGUAGCUUACAAAAUGAUUAAAAACAAUUGAUUUAUGUGUAAUAAGUUUUAAUGUACACAUCAAAUGACCAAGCGAGGUACAGCUGAAAGAAUUAAAACAAGAAGAAUUGGCGAAUCCUGGUUAGAAGGUAUGUUAGUAGUGUACGGGGACUGAACUCGUUAUUGACUCAUGGUCCCCAAAUUGGCAAUUCAGUUUUUAGUGCUCCAUUACAUUAAUCUGGCUAAAAUGAAAGUCUUUGUUUGGUUUCCAAGGAGAAACUUUUGGCGCUCUUGGGGUUCUGUCUCUUACAAGACCCUUUUUGCACAGGCAGAGGUGGUGCUUCAUUACCACAUUAGAACAGAACUUUUGGCCUCUCGCUCUUAAUUGUCAGUACAUUUUCUUUCCGGGGCAUUUCCUUCAGGCCAAGUUUUUGAUUUUAACUCCCAAAGGUUUUCUCAACCUCGGUCCCAGGGUCUCUCAUCUCCCCGCCAUCCCGGAGAGAGGAAGAGGGAGGACGGGAAGAUGAGAGAUCCUGGAAACGAGGUUGAGGUUUUCUUUCCGCUGGUCAGUGGAAACCGAUAUGGAUCUUCGUCUAUUUGUUUCCUUUCUUUCCUUCUAAAUCAGUUAACAGCUUCAUUUGAACCCCAGAACCUCUUCAUGUUCUUGUCUAAUAGUUAUGCACAUAACAGGAGAGCCCUGAGGGUAGCCGAUAGUGUGCCUGUACAUUGACAUGCAACCUUGGUAGCCACAUUUUUUUAAAAGUUAUAACUUCUAAGUUUAGAAUAAUUAAGUCACAGCAGAAACUGACUCUGACAGAAACUGACUGAAUGAGAGCGCUUGAUAGUGAAAUACCUUAUUUGGGCACUUAGUCACAAAGGGAUAUGUAUUUGGUCAUAAAAAUUCACAGCAUUCUUGAUUUUGAUUGCAUUUUAUUGGUCAACUCUCUUACAUACGGUUUUAGUUAUAAACAUAAAUUAAUAUAUAGGUACAAUUCCAGGGAAUGAAUAAGCUCAUUGCUAAUAUGUAAUAAUGCUUUUGGAACUCACUACAGAAAAGUAAGUUUUCUAUUCAAAUUCCUAGCUGUACAUCCUAACGAAACCUUGCAGGAGGCUUUUAUUUUCAAAUACAAAUUCUAACUUGUAAAGCUCUCAUCCCAAUUGUUUAGUCUUUACAGUAAUUCCAGCGAAAUAGAACUCACUUUAGAUUUUCUUUCAAACUUUGCCUGUUGGCUGCUUAUAUCAAGAGAACUUAAAAUUUGAA